AAAGAGAGUUGGAGAGAGAGAGAGGGAGAGAGAGAGAGUAAGUAAGAAAGAGAGAGAGAGCUGGCACAGGCUGAGCCAGGCGCUGGCUGUGUGGACACGGAGGAGUGCGGAGAGAACAGAAACGACAGAGCAGGAGGAGGAGUGAAUGGAUGGAGUGACCCAGGAGGAGGAGAGGAAUGCUGAGCGAACAGACCGACAGAGCGCAAAAGGGAAGACGAGAGUGGCGUGGCAGCAACAGCAGAGCAAUUAAACAGUGGAAAGGCAAGCAAAGGCAAGCAAAGGCUCACACGCCGAGCAGCUUCUGUCGCUCGCAUGCACGCGCUCUCUCUCUCUCUUUCGAGCGACCGAAGAGGCAGAAGUGAAGCGUCCAGACAACGAUAAAGGACAAGAGGAGGCACGCAAGAGGCAGGGGGAGGAGCAAGCAAGCUUUGAUUGACAGAGUAAAGAGGAGGGACAUGGACGCAAAUUGAAGACUUUGAUUUUCUGGGAAUGGAUAUUUUUAGCCAAGGAAAAACAAAGGAGAAGAAGCUAAAGGAUGCCGUUUCGGUCUAAAACAAGGAUGGAAAAGGGGGGGGGAAAGAGAGAGAGUGAGAUGCUGAAUUCGGACCAUGUCAGAACAGAUUCCACAUCAGCGGCAUUCAGCCCUCCUGCAGGCAAGAGUCAGUGUGUGUGCGUAUGUGUGUAUGCAUGUGUCAACUAGCACGAAGUACGACCUCUGUAACACCAGGCUUUUGCCCAUGUGCCCCCAUAGUUGAGGACAGAGAUGGGAAGGCAAAAAGUCAGGACUGUAUCACUGUCAAAGCUAGAGAAAAAAAAAGCAUAAAGGUGAGACGAGUGUGAUCGUGGGGUUGUGGGGUCAGUCGUAGCUAGGCUUUGGGAAACCCUCUCUUCAGGGACUCUCGCCCAAGACCAACAGGUCAGCCUCAGAUCCUUCUUUCUUGUGACUCAGCUGGCGCUGCCUCCCACAAUCCAUCUCUUUUUCAUUAUUCUCUCUUACUAUCUGUCUUGUAUCUAUUGAAUCUUUUCUCUCAUUAAGAUCACCUCCCAUGUAACCACCUCAUUCUUUCCACUUCGCUCGCCUGAACUUUCUGGGAGAAGCUCGGAGGGAGAUUGCAGGCUUUUCCCAAAGCCAGACUAAGUCUAGGCACCCUGACCAGAUGGACCGAGGGGGGGGGAGUGAAAGAAAAAGAGAGAGAUAGAAAGAGAGAGAGGAACAAGGAAAAUAGCCUGGGGAUUUUGCCUGAGGGGUUAUAGACAGUUGCCAGUGGGUAUGAAGACACAUACUGAAUUUUGGGUACCUUAGGGAGCAGCGUGUUUGUGCACGAAUGCGAUUAUUCAAUUCAGAAAUGAAGUUUGCAUACAUCUGACAGUGGAAGGUGAAGUUGUACACUUCAAUUAAACUUAGAGUAGUCCUGCAGGUGCUACAACACUACGUGACUUGAUUGCCGGACAUUAGAUUUGGAUUCAGGAAGUCAGUGUUGUGGCUCUCUCCGUGCUCCUGGAGCCCCAUGAGGGCCCCGGCCGUGGAGGCCUGGCUGGGAGAUGAAGCCGUCCCCCCUGCUGCUCUAGCAGCUCUGUGGGCCCUCAUGGCUCUGGAAGGCCGCUGUCUGCGCCCUGCCUCGCCCACGCCGGGCCAACGCAGGGCCCGCCGUCGCCGCGCCCGACCCGGAGCACCACGAGACGACCUGUCCCGACUCACCGCGGCCCUCUUAGCGCGGACUCGCCUGCACGGAUUGCGGCACGUUUGCGCCCCGUCGAACUCUCUCAGCCGCCGGGCCUUUUGGAUGCUAGCCUUCUGCACUUGUCUGGGUCUUCUGCUGUCCUGGUCCUCGAAUCGGCUGCUUCACUGGCUGGCCUUCCCCACUCACACUAGAGUCCACACAGAGUGGGCGAGAGAACUGGCUUUUCCCACGGUCACCAUCUGCAACAAUAACCCCAUACGUUUGUAUCACCUCACGAAGAGCGAUCUGUACUUCGCGGGUCACUGGCUCGGACUGUUGCUGGCCAACCGCACGGCCAGACCCCUGGUGCUGGACCUGCUUCAAGAUGACAGACGGGCAUGGUUUAGCAAGCUGUCAGAUUUCCGUCUUUUCCUGCCUCCGCGGCGCUUCGAGGGCACCAGCUUGGAGUUCAUGGACCGACUGGGCCACCAGCUGGAGGAUAUGCUACUGGCUUGCAAGUACCGCGGAGAGCCAUGUGGAGCUCACAACUUCUCCACUGUGUUUACACGUUAUGGGAAGUGUUACAUGUUUAACGCUGCUGAAGAGGGGAAGACUUUGAGGACUACGAUGAAAGGAGGCACAGGCAACGGCCUGGAGAUCAUGCUGGACAUCCAGCAAGAUGAAUACCUGCCUGUGUGGGGAGAAACAGAGACGGCAUUUGAGGCAGGAGUGAGGGUGCAGAUCCACAGUCAGGCUGAGCCUCCCUUUGUGCAUGAGCUGGGCUUUGGAGUCGCCCCAGGCUUUCAGACCUUCGUGGCUACCCAGGAGCAAAGACUUACAUACCUUCCUCCUCCAUGGGGUGAGUGUGUGUCCAGAGCCCUGGAUUCAGGCCUUUUUCAAGUGUACAGUGUGUCUGCCUGUCGAAUUGAGUGUGAGACGCGCUACAUCGUAGAGAACUGCAACUGCAGGAUGGUCUACAUGCCUGGUGAUUCUCCGUACUGCACUCCUGAACAGUAUAAGGACUGUGCUGAACCUGCCCUGGCUGCUCUGUCAGCUGUUGAAGGCACAAACUGCAUCUGCAGGAGCCCCUGUAACAUGACUCGAUACAACAAAGAGCUUUCCAUGGUCAAGAUCCCCAGUAAAACCUCUGCACGCUACCUGGAGAAGAAGUUCAACCGAUCAGAGAAGUACAUCACGGACAAUAUCCUAGUUCUGGAUGUGUUCUUUGAGGCUCUGAACUAUGAGACCAUAGAACAGAAGAAAGCAUACGAGGUGGCGGGUCUACUAGGUGAUAUUGGUGGUCAGAUGGGCUUGUUUAUUGGUGCAAGUAUCCUGACCAUUCUGGAGCUAUUUGAUUAUGCAUAUGAGGUGGUGAAGGAGAGACUGCUGGACCUGCUGAACCGAGAGGAGGAGGAAGAGAGUCAUGGAGAGGAUGUGAGCACCUGUGAUCCGGUGGUGAACCACUCGGAAUCGAUUAGCCACACGGUCAGCGUUCCCCUCCAGACCACCCUGGGCACCCUAGAGGAGAUUGCCUGCUGAGCACCGUACCCCUCCAUACCAACAGGGGGAGCCGGACCGCUCCACUCCAACGGGGGAAAAGUCCCUGUUGCUUUUUCUCGAUAUGUCAUCAUUUGGCACAAACAUGAGAACUAGAAGCCAAGCAGCUUCUCGAGGAACAUGAGGACCCCAAAGUUUCUCACAAACACCAUCUGUUUCUUCUGGACUCGUGGAGGAAAACAGAAGCUUGUGGACCUGUCAGGACAGUCACUUGUAAAAAUAAGACAAACAUGAAAACACGAGCAUGUGAGGAACUGCAGAUGCGCACGGCCUCGGCAUGUUCUCGCGUUCUCUCUUUCUCUCUCUCUCUCUGUCCAGCCGCCAUUUUGAAGUCUACUGCCAAAACACUGUAAAUUAUUAACGGAGAAAAUGUUGUGAAACUGUUCUAACUGUGCAUGUGUCAGUUUCAUGCGUUACGAUACGUUUUUUCUCGAACUUGUCAUCCUCUCUCACGUGUGGAGGCGGUUUUGUCUUCUUGUGCUGUUUGUUUGCUAUGUGUUUCUGCAUCUCAAUUGGCUUCUUGAUGUAUCAGGGAUGCAUCAUAAAACUGAGAGCCCCUUUCUUCUAUCCUUUUUAUUUUUCUAUCCUUCAUAGAAAAGCCGAAUGGGUCACGGUACAAUGGCAGCCGUUAUGAGCCCAUUGUGGCUGCGUAUGGCUCUUUGCUUUCUGGAUCCCAUUUGAAAAAUGAAGAACAAAGAGAGUACAGAAAAAAAGUGUUUUUGUCGCUUUCUGCAUACAAGUAUAGUGAUACAACUAGCGGUUUUCAUUUUGUUAAAUGUGCGAGAUGUUGAUUUGUCAUUUAAAGCUGAUAUUAGAAAGCUGAUAUGAUCUUUCAUGCUUUUAAUUCUGAGUUGAGAGCACUUUUCAGAGAUUUUUUGACAGCUAUCAUGAUUCUGCUUUCCCAGCUAUCGUACGUGGGACGUUAAGGAUUUAGAGGCGUUCAUGGUGGUUUAUUAUGUGAGUUGUCGCUAUACUGUUGUCUAUGUCUCAUCUCAUCAUUUUCAGAGCUCUUCAUCUGUGCUGCGGUUUAUUAACGCUGUAAUUGCCAUAUGCUAUCUGAUAUUUACUACGUUCCCAUAGUGUUCUUUGAUGAUGGAUGAUUGACGGUUCAAAGGUGUGAUUAUGUUCUUUUCUGCUCUUCAACUAAAUGCGUGGUUCUCGGAUCACUAUACAUCAGUGUGAAUGAAGCCUCAACUGACCCAUUCAUUCUUCAACAUGUACAGUGUUUCAGCCAAAAUUCAUUAAGUGAGGCAAAAUCAUUCGCGCGGAAUGUGCUUUGGCUGAAAAUAAUGAAAAGAGGGUCAGUUCUGGGUGACGAGAGCGAGCUUGAUUGCGUUUCUCAAUUUAACCCUCUUCAAUAUCCAAUUUAAGAAUAUUGACUGGUGCAAAAUUCAUUCACAAAAUGAAAAGCAAGAAUCAGAGCUUGUGUUAAAACUGUAGGUGAAGCUUUUGAACAAAUUGUUCUGGGACACAAAGGCCGCUGGCAGACAAGUAACACCAGAAAUUUGUUGACAAGCUCCUGGAAUCUACAUAUAAAUAAAUAAAAGGUAUUUAAUCUGGUUUAAUAGGCCUAGGAUUUCACAGGUGACCUAGGGCCUGCUUUGUCCAAUCAGAUUUGAGCUUAGAGGCAGUAUGCAAAUAUCUGUCAUAAAUAUCCAUGCUCAGAGAUUUUUCUUGGAGGAUUAUUGGUAGUUAUUAUUUCCAUGCCUCCCUUUUGGGGCAACAGUAUUAAGAGGCGUGAUUU